CUCUGGCUGUGGUGGAGGUGGUGGUGGAGGAGGAGGAGGAGGGGGAGGAGAAGGAGGAGGAGGAGGAGGUGGUGGUGGUGGCUGUUGUUUCUGUUCUUGAUGUUGCUGCUGCUGUUGUUGUUGAACCUGCGGUUGCGGUUGCGGUUGAGCGCUCUCGGCGCCUGAGGGUGUGGACGAAGUCAUCGCUUGCUCCGACAUAACAAGCUCCUUCGCCUACAGCGCGAGGUAGUGGUAGUGGUGCCCUGGUCGAGGCCGGCUCCGCGGUGUGCCAAUCUGCCAGUUCGCAAUGCGAUGGGUGACGGAGAGGGUUCAAGAUGCGCCCAGGGCGGAAGAUGGAAUGACGGGAAAGAUUGCUGUUGGCGGGACGGGGACUGGAGCCGGAGACGGGACCGCUGCUAGCACACCCACCCAGGUUGGACAAGCCGACUGCAACUGCGACUGGACGGGGAAGGGUCCGCGUACCAAUGCUGGACCGUGUGCUAAUGCGCCGGCAAUUCGCAAUCCGUAGCGCGUCCGUCCCUCGCUCUCGCUCUCUCGAGGUCUUUCUCUACGUGACGAGAGAUGGGUAGGUACAAUCUUCCACUUCCUUGUGAUAGUCCAGCCUUGUGUCGACUGCUCUCUGCCUUCCUGGUUCAAAGUGAGCAAAGUGGGACAAAAGAGCGUCAGUCAAUGACAGACUGGCGAAUCGGGUGUAAGGACAGUCCCGUACGUACUGCGUACAUGUCCCUUCCCCCAGCGGAUUCAGAAGGUGUUGAGCCUGUCACGAUUGCGCUGCAAUUGCCUGCUUCUGGAUUGCGG